GAGUUACGGCCAAAGCAUUUAAGACACCGCCCAAUCCUUUCUUGAUUGCGUUCGACACUAUCCACUGUGAAGAUUAUAUCUCCAUGGCAUACGUCCUUCUCAAGAACGGUCUCGUCCUCACCUUCAAGAACGGCGAUCCCAACGCACAUGAACUCCAGGCAGAUGUGCUGAUCAAGGGCGACACCAUCAUUGAUGUGAAGCAAGGGUUGGAGCUGCCUUCUGGAAGUGACGGAGAGGUGGUCGAUUGUACGGGGAAAUGGAUUACACCUGGGCAGAUCGACACCCACAGGCAUGUGUGGAUGAGCGUUAUGCGUGGCCAACAGGCCGAUUGGACACUUGUCGAAUACUUAAUGAAGAUGACCUAUGCCCAAUCGCCCUACGUCACGGCCUCUGAGGCACAUAUUGGCACACUCGCAGGAUGCCUCGAAGCUAUCUCCAACGGUAUCACCACCGUCGUCGACCACGCUCACGUCAUCAACACACCCGCCCAUGCGCCUACCAUGAUCGACGCGCAUAAACAAUCCGGGAUUCGAUCCAGGUUCUGUUACGGUCGAGCAACUCCCAUCCCUGCCAACUUUGCCUUCACCAAGGAGCGCGAGGAGGAAUUCAGGACCUGGCAGUUGAAACAACUUACCGAAUUAGCCUUGGAAGGGGAGAAGAACGGCUUCGGAAUGGGUAUGCUGUCCGACCGUGUUGGUUUGGGCUUGGGAUAUGAUGCACUUAGGGGUUCGAGGCCUCAUGAAGACAAUAUCGAGGCGCAUAGGGAGGUUCUCGCUUUGGCCAGGAAAUAUAGGCUUUCGCCCAUCACAGCUCACUUCGUCGAAAGUCCUUCUGGUGGAUACGUGCAAGCUGCCAAGAUAUUCUCCGAUGUCGGUGUUCUGGAGAGUGAUGUAUUAUUUUCUCACUGCACUGGGAUUUCGGAUGAGGAGUGGGAGCUGAUGAAGAGUUCGGGAGCGUCUGUGGCCUCUACGCCGGAGGACGAGCUGGGAAUGGGGCAUGGGAACCCUGUUGCUUAUGAGGCGGUCAAGAGAGGUGUAAGAGUAGGCCUCGGGUGUGACUGCGUUUCUAUCCAGAGCGCCGACUUGUUUACUCAAAUGCGCGUAGCUCUACAAUGGCAGCGCGGACAAGACCAUGCAAUUCUCGCACAUUCACGAAAGCCUCCUCUUCGCAACAAUCUCACGUCCGCUUCCGCAUUUCGACUCGCCACACUCGGUGGCGCCGAAGCUAUUCACCAAGAAGACAAGCUUGGCACCAUCGAGCCUGGCAAACUGGCCGACAUCGUGAUCAUCAAUGCGGAGAACUCCAUGAACUUAGUGGGUGCCGUUAAUCCUAUCCAAGGAUAUGUGUUUUGGGCGAAAGGGGAGGACGUGGAGAGUGUGUUAGUGAACGGCGAGUGGGUGAAGCGCGAUGGAAGGUUGACGAAAGUCCCUUGGGAAGAUGUGGUUGGGCGGUUGAAGGAGGCGAUGAAAAGUGUCGACAGCAGGAGGAAGAAGGGCGAGGAGGGAGAGGAGGCCUAUAACCAGGCGUUGCAUGCAUCCGGAUGCGUGACACAGUAAACUGUGACGCCAUCUUGUCUCGAUCAGUGUAGGUGAAAUGCUGACUUUUUGAUCGCCUGGCAUAUAGAUCUUGCUAUCAUUGGGACAUUCAACCCUUCUGUGGUUUGAGUAUUCAUACCUAUCUCUGUGUCGAAGCCUAUUAUAAAUGGGUUGCGUGGCUUGGUAU